UUUGAAGUCAACGGAGUGAAGAAAGGAGCGAAGUGGACGAGUGGAGUUUGCUGCUUUAACUCCUGAAACUCUCACUUAAGACCAGGAAAUUUUAUAGACAGGAGAGCUGAACUAAAAGUAAAUGUAUUAUUUAGCACGAGAGACAAACUUUAGAGGUGAGUUUUUUGGGGGGGCACGUAGAGGUUGACGGGACAGACCUCUGAGGGCUCAAUAUGGAUGUCGGGGGAGCAACGGUGCGGCUCUGAGGAGGAAUUAAGGCCGUUUCUGGGUUAUUUCUGGUUUGUCUGACCGAGCUGAGGAGGAUUUCUAAGCAGCAGCCUAUUUUCCAGGUGAGAUUAUAGCCUUUGAAACAGACUAGACACACUUUGCCUUCACACUGUAUCUCUUCAUGCGUCUAACAUUGUGUGUUACUCUGUUGCAGACUUUGAAUUGAGCCGUGAAGUGUGUUUUUCCAGCUGCAAAGGUAGGUCUUUCUGCUGUUUAUGAUCAUUGCUCUUUGUGUUUGAACGUGAUUUUCACUUUUGUACCAUUGUACUGUCAAACUUGGUCGUCAUCAUAAAAACUGAGCUGUACAAUAAAAUCACUGUUGUGCAAAACAUGUCCAAAGGUGUGCAAACCCAUUUGUUGUUGUUGUUGUUAGUGUAGCUUGAGUGUGGUUGUCCAGACUAGCUGUGAACUACACCAUCACCUUAUAAACGUGAUAAACACACCCUCUCUGCACCCCAGCACCCCUUCCCAUCUGUUGCUUGCUUUCUCCCUGACCCCCCUGCCUCAUUGAUAUCACUCCUUUGUGCAUAUGUGAGUGACCCUUAUGUCUUUCAAAUGAAACACACAGAUGUCCCUUUGCUUCAGAGUAGCAUUUCACUGUCACUGCUAUUGUUCGUGCACAUGUAUGUGUGAGCGAGAUGCUGCAAGUGCCUUCAUUUCCUCACCAUGUGAAUCAGCUGAUUCCUCUGACCUGCUGUCUCACUGGAAAAGCUAACCAUAACUCUUCUCAGUCUUAUACACGCAUGAAAGCAGCUGGAUCUAUUUUGUCCAGCCUUUAAAUUCAAUCACAUGCAUCUAAAGUAAUUAGUGUGUGAGGAAACUAAAUGAUCAUGGUGUGUGUAAUAGCAUUAUGUCAGCCUGUCAUUGUCUGUGCUGUUUGCUUAAUAACUGUGUGACUUCAGGUUGUUGUGCUGCUCUGGCAGAUGAGAAAUGACAGGUCAGACUAAAGGUCUCUCUCACUCAUUUAGCAAUAGAUUUUAGCAUGUGUUCCCCAGCUUUUAUUAGUUUUAGUUUCUUUUUCUAUAUGCAUUUAUGCCUGGGUGUGUAUGCACCAUCUCUACAACAGGAAGGUCCUUGUCUCCUCCGAGCUCUGUCUUUUUAUGAUGACUGUCUGUCAGUGUAAAAGAACAAACGCACCCUGAGAACAUGUCAGUGUCACCCUGCAGACGGUGACCAAGCAGCUGCUUACGUAACGUGUCUUCUGGCCACUUAAAGUCAUCUUCAGGAGCUGGAAGUGGAUCAGUACAGAAGCAUAUAUAACAUCUAUUUAUUUCCACCCGGAGCUCGGCUGUGAUUGACUAAGGGGGAAGUUAGACAACAAAAUAUGAGUCAGUGAUUCUAGUGUCUAUUUUGAGAAGAUUUUUGUUAUGCAGAUGUAACAAAGAGAUAUAACGGCAUGUUAUUUUUUUCUCCUAGAAUAUAGGUGAAGAUAAUAUUGUGAUUUGGGGUUGGGUAUCUUCUCUAAUGUUUGAUUUUGAUUCCUGGAGUCAUGAUUUGAUUCAAUAUUAAGUUGAUUUGACAUCGAUCAAUAUGCCUCAGUGUUUUAAAACAGCCCAGUGUCAUUGAGUUUACACACAGCGUGAAUCCUGUCAGUGUCUUGUGUUCCAGUUUUACAUCUAAAUCCAAAAUGUGUCCGAACAUGAACUUUUAAUGAUGUAUCGCUGAUUUUGCAUUACUUCCUGUCAUCAUUUUGCUGACUAAAUAACAGCUGUUUGGUAUGAAGACAUGAGGCAAUCAAACUCAAUCCAAAAAAAAACAAAAACCUUUAUUACUGGUAUGUCCAUGUGGAUUCUCAUUCAUCCAGGUCAUGGUUAUCUUGAAGACUUAAAACAGGCAACUGGACUGUGUAGAGUUGAGAAGACGUUUCGCCUCUUAUCCAAGAAGCUUCUUCAGUUCUAAUUACUUUAUUACUGGGGUCUGUCCAGCUGUGCCGUUCUAACAUUGUGUUCUGUAAUGACUUGAAAAUCAGCUCUCUGUUUUAUUUACAUACCCAGGUAAAUUAAAGAGCAUUUUCAAACUCACUUCAACAUUUUCCUCAUGUGUGGCAUGAUCAUUCAAGAAGGAAUCAGUGAAGUCUCAAAUUACUAUAAUGCCUUGCAGCCAAAUGACACGUUGCUCUGUUUUCCUGGAAGUUACAGUGUGCUAUCAAAAUAAGAAUCCACAGCUGAGGUGAAUAAGUUUAGACAUGUAAUCUUGCAUCAGUCAAAUUGUAUUCUGGGAGAUGUAAUAGCUAACAAAAACCCGUUUUACGUCAUUGUUGUGUGAUUCACACACAUCAUUGACUUAGUGUUAAAGAACUUGAACUUUAGUGAAUCUGUGUUUGUCUAUCCGUCUUUCUAUCUCAGAGUACACAUUACAUCUGUAACAGAGAAUGUGGGAUCUGUAGUCCAGGUUAAUGAUCACCUGUGGGAAUUGAUCUUAUUGCUACUGGAUGGUGUCACUGUGUCGUCACUGACUGAUAAGACACUCAGUUCUCAAACUUGAACUAAAAUCUCAGCUCACUUUGCUCUCUGUAUCUGUGAUUCUUUCAGAUGUUGAGGCUGUGGAGACGAGAUGUGCCGCUCUCUGAGAGGCUCGGGGACGACUCUCCUCUGGCAGCAGCACCCAAUCCUCCGCUAACAUCAGCCCCUAUGGGCCCCAACAUCUCAUGGCUCCCCGAGGCCCCUCUGCUGACACCUGACCAGCCUAUUUUUCUCAUGACUCCUGCCGCUCAGGCGGUGUCUGGCUUCUUCGUGUGGACAGCGCUCAUUCUCACCUGUCACCAGGUAACAGCCUGCAAACAGUCCCAAAAAAAGAACAACCUUGAGACCUGUUUUUGCUCGCACUCUUGCUUGCUCAGGUGGAGAUGUAGAUGUCGAUGUUUGACUGAGAUUAAAAAGCUUUUCAGCGAUCGGUGGUGACUAAAAUAUGAACUCCAUUUGUCUGGCAGAUGUAUGUGUGUUUAAUGUGCAUGUUACUUGAUCCUGCAAACACACACAUCUGCUCGGGCCCAGAGUUGGGCAGGGGUUGCUUGGCAACAUCUCUCAGCAGGUGUUUGUUAAACUGAGCAUGAAUACUCAGAAAACACACACACACACAAAGGUGAAACUUGAUCCAGAUGCUCUAAGUUGCGCUUUGAAAUUUGUCUUAAAAAAAAAAAAGUAAAAUGAAGUCAGAGUUUCGCCCUUUAUCAAAUUCUCUCUCACAUACUUGUAGGAUUACAUCAGGUGCAGUAUUGAUUAUAAAGGUCACUGAUAUUUGCACACUUACAAAACGGCUGAUAGACAUGGAUGAUUCAAAGAGUAAGAAUGUGAGUACUCUCAAAAAUAAAGUCUGUUUUCAUAAAAUGUAAAGUAUUGUAGUCUUUUUAGCCUUCCAUAUUCUCUCUUGCCUGAUCCUCCUACACAGAUGUUUGAGACCUUGAACCCUGGAUUAACAGUCCACAGCUGUACUCAGAACAGUGAAGCAGCUUUUCUUACUAACACUAAAAAUCAAGGGAAUUGGUUUUCUUUGAAUCUGUUUUUUUUUUAUACCUUUAAUUACUUAGAAGUAGGGCUGAUGUUCAAAUGUAUGUUCCUGUAGUACUUUCUUUGCAUGUUAGAAAUGGAUUCUGUCAGUAGAAGUCUAGUUUUCAGUUUUUAAUCCGCCCCGUUUGUCUGUUCCAGAUCUACAUGCACCUGCGUUUCUACAGCUCACCCAGGGAGCAGCGCCACAUUGUGCGGAUCCUCUUCAUUGUUCCCAUCUAUGCCUUCGACUCCUGGCUGAGCCUCCUCUUCUUCACUAAUGACCAGUACUACGUGUACUUCGACACAGUCAGAGACUGCUAUGAGGGUAAGGAUGGGCUUUUGUCUGUAUCCUGUGGAGCUCUGCUCAUUCAUCACAGUGAUAAUGCAGUUUUUGUUAACUGACUCAGCUGUUCAGAAAGCACCUCUAACAUAGACGACAAUAAUUACUGUCUUUGUAUUUGUCAAGCAUUGUUUAGAAAAAGAUGUUUGCUUGAACUGUCUGUACUUGAAAAUCCAGUAGAAGCAACAAUAAAGACGGCUUCAAGCGAAUGUCUUUGUUUGUUGGGCCUCUCGACUCAAAGAGGUUUUGGUGAGGUGGCGGCUUCACUGACGCAAAUCAAACAAAUGUGGUUAUUCUUGAGGUCUUGAAUUGGCAGAAUUUGGAGUAAGGUGGCCUACGCUCAUCUCUUUAUCAAAGUCUGUGGAGACGCUCAGGCCAGAAAUAGUCUUCUCACUGGCGUCACUUCCUGUGUUGGCGAGCUGGUGAUGUCACAUUCAUGUGAGGAAGUGCCGUCAGCUCUGUGGUCGUCAUAUUGCGUCCCUCGACAGAAGGCUCUCCUCCUCCUCCUUCUCAAUAUUAUCUCCUCAUCUCUCCACACGAUCUUUUCUUACUCUAUGUCUUCAUCACUUCCUCUUCACGGUCAGCCAGAUCUUUCCUCCUCUUGUCUUCGUCUUUUUUUCCCAUAAUGCCGUCGAGAUCCACCCUGAUCUUUUUCCUCAACCUGUUGCAUGGCAACUGCGCUCACAAAUCUUCCUCAUCACCCAGAAUGGCUGCGUCAGAUAAUGAGCUUCUCACAGCCAAACUUGCUGCAAAGUUCCUGUUCCCGUUGUGUGCAGGGUUACUGUAUCACCGUGGCAACAAGCCCUGCUGACGGGGUUCCUUGGGGAGAGGGGGACAGGGUGUAAUGGUAAACAGCUGAGACAGAGAGAGAGCUACUCGGAGCAGAUGAACCAGUUCUUAUUGCUCAUUUUGCUCGCUGAGUCAGACAGAUACUUGGGAGGUAUGACAUAUUGUGACUAAAGUGGUGUCCAUCAGGCGCCUGACGUACGACAGGAGACCACAGAAGGCAGUGAUGAUGCUCUCUGUGUGUUUGAGGGGGGUAGCAGUAAAGUCAAACAAGAAUAUAUUAUCGUCAGCAGACAGCUGAUGUAACAAGAAUCUCUGCCAACAGUGCAGCUGCUUUCAGAUCAACACACACACACACACACACUCCUUCCUCAGCCUCACACACUUAAGAUAUGUCCGACUUUCACAGUUAACUGAUAUACACCCGUCAUGCUCUUCUUACCUUACCUCACAUGCACAGUCACAAACAUGUCCCCCCCCCUUGAGAGUGUGUGUGCUAACAGGAUUAGCCCGGCUGUGUGUUUUAUGAGCCCUGGUCGUCACCACCUUCUCAGUGAAGCAGCACAGAGGAGAGAUAAUCCACCGGUCACAAGAGACAUUCAGGUGAAUAUAAGUCACAGAGGGAGGUGUGUGAGGAGGAUUUGAUCUCCCAUCCUCGUGAGGAGCAGCUCGAGUGUGUCAUCCCAGAAAGUGGAGAUGCUUCUGCGGCCUAAGCUUACACGUGUUUAUUGUUAUAGGAAGAUUUAUGUUCAGGCUUAGGCUUGAGUAAGCCGUCGAAGAGUCCUCGAAGGAUGGAAACUCAAUGAACUGGGUGCAUCUAAUAGGGGUGGGAGAAAAAAUCGAUACAGCAUAGUAUUGCAAUAUUUUGUCUGGUGGUAUAUCGUAUCUUCUCAUUAACCUAUUGAUUUUUUUAAAUUAAUUGCUGAUAUCAAGUCAAAUCUAUGAAAAUGGAAAAAUAAAAUCAAGCAGAGGUGACAUCAUAGAGCAGGAGAAAGUUAGUACAACAAACAUAUAUAUAUAUAUAUAUAAGGUUUGCAAGAUGUGCUACAUGAAAAUAAAAUACAGUGUAAAUAAGACAAACAUAAAGGAAAGACAAAUGAUAAAUUAACUAAACAGUUGAAAAAUGUGUAUAAAUCACAAUAUAUUGUAUCGCAAUACUCACUGUAUUGCAAAAUGUUAAAGAAUCGCAAUAAAAUCGUAUCGUGGCCCAAGUAUCGUGAUACUAUCGUAUCGUGGAGCCACUAGUGAUUCCCACCCCUAGUGUCUAAUAUCUCUUUUUUAAGAGUCAGUCUUACUCCUCAGCUAUUGGUCAUUUUCUUCCUUGUUUUAUAGCAUUUUUAUUUAAGUUUGAACUCUGAAGAUUUUUAAUCAGCAAAUUCAUAAGUCAGUAUUUUUCAGCUAAAACUUAGAGGACCAACAUUCAAAGAACUGUAUAUCAAGCGUGUUCAGUUUGUGUGUGCUAGUUAGCUGAAAAAAACAAUAUGCAUGUUCAAACAUUUACAAGAGGUUUCCUCGAAAGCCACUUCAUACACUCUUUCUUCGCUUUUGAUGCAAACACGUGCAGCUUUAGUCGUUGCCAGAGUUGAUCUCACAUUACAUAAAGUCACAGUCUAAACUCUCCUCAUAUUUCAGUCUUCUUCUGGCUCCUUGCUGUAAUAACUGUUCAAAGUUUGAAUGUGAGGAGUUAGAGCUCUGUAGAGCGUUAUUUCCAGAUCCAGGCAGCAGCCAGUUCUGCAGCUACUGCACCCAGAGGCCACAUAUUGAUGUCCUCAGUAAACUGAAUAUGCAGCAUGACUUUUGGUGCUCCGUGCACAGACAGUGGACUGGACAGCUGACACCAGAGGCACAAAGCCAGAGUCAAUACAGCUGACUUUGAGUGACAGCUGUUUGUGGUCCCAAGUUGUAAAUUUAAUGUUUGCACAUACAGCUCCCAUGGAUAUAAAGGGGCUCAUACAUGCAUAAUGGAUGUCAAAUACUCAUUCUCUAUUUAGCUUUAUGUUGAUCCUCGCCUCCUCCUCGUGGGACAUAAAAGACCAGCUACCGAACUGCCAAACGCUCCACUGGGUUAAUCAGCUGGGCUAAUCUGUGUCUGUCAGCUGUACAGAGGUUUUAUUAUUGGAGUAUUUUCCUCAAAGCUCUGCAGAGGAAGUAAAUCAUUUCCAGCAGUGGUCAUCUGGAAUAAACAAAUGGAAACAUUUUAACGGUGAAUCAUGCAGAGCAGCGUAAACUCGGUUAGGACUUUGAAAUUGUGCCUAAGUUCAGUAUGUCAGACCACACUCAAGUGUUUUGGACUUACAUGUUCAAAUAGGGCUGACAAACAGUUAAUUUAGCAUGAUUUUUACAUCUCAAAGUAUUUGACUGAUAUUUUUAUUUUUAUCUGUUUACCCUCCUCUUGUGUUAGAGUCUGCACCGACCCCUUUUUGAUUUUAAAUGCUUAAAAGAACCACUUAUAUUAGCUUUUUCACAUCAAGACUUUUUGACUUAGUCAGGAACCUCUUUUUCAACAAAAUAAAAUUAAAAAAAUUAAAAAGACUAAAUUCUAAAAUGCUCUUAUUAAAAUCAUGGCAGUUGUCGUGUUAGGGUCGCUGUUGACCCGGUUAGAUCAAUAUCUAAUAAUCAGAGCAAAAACUAAAAUCAUAAGUGCACUAUCAGGCACCACACUGACAGUCAGAUCAUGUGAAAUUUAGGAAAUUCUAAUUUUGUCUGGUUUUUCCCUGCACAAAAAACUACGUCGGGCAUGUCCAGACAUGUGAGAUCAAUUCAGUAUAGAUGUCUGUAUGAGGGGUAUACUGACAAACAACAACAAAAACUACUAUAAGCAAUAUUUUCAUGGAUAAUGAAGCCUAACAAGGUAACCUAGAGAUGAGAACCAAACUGGACGAUAGAGAAUUGUUUUUAUUGUAAUUCACAGCUGAUUUAAGACACUGGUCAAAACUGACCUGAAGUGCUUUUGUGUCAUUGUUUACAUCAUGGUAGCCGCAGGAAAUACAAAGACACUGCAGUGGCCAAACUAUGGUGUACGAAAAAGGACCAAAAUAGCAUGCUGUAAAAAAGUGUUAAUCUCAUCAGAAUUUUUCAUUAAUUGCAUGAAGUACAGAUGUAAUUUUUACAUACAUACCCUGAAGACUAAGAUUGAGCACAGCAAUACGAUAAAAGGGCUAAUCAUUGCACCAUGGAGGGAGACUUAAGUUUUGUCACCGUUGCAAAGAAUCAAAUCAACAAUGGUUUAUUUCUGUGUAGCUGUCUCAGUGUCUCAGAGUCCUGCUGUAUGCGGAUGCUGCUUCAUUGUUGUGACUCACUAAGACACUUAAAUAAAACAGGUUAUCAUUAACUUUGUCAGGAGCAGUCAGGAUCUUCCGAUCUUCAUAAAUGUUUUAUGUGAGGCAGAUUCACCUGUCUAUUCAGUUUUAUAAUCAUGAUUUGGUUUUAUUAAGGCUAAAUGGCUUCCUCUUUAACAUCUGACUAUCUGUGCAUAAGUAUUUACUGUAUGCUCCCUUGUGUGAGUGAAUAUUGUCUUCAUACAUGUAAUAACAGCAGCUUCUUCUCUCUUUGUUUCUCCUCAGCUUUUGUGAUUUACAACUUCUUGAGUCUGUGCUAUGAGUACCUAGGAGGAGAGAGUGCCAUCAUGGCUGAAAUCAGAGGAAAACCUAUUGAGUAAGUGAUGGAAACUCAAGACUUGAUCAAUAUGUUUACCUGCCUAACGAGUCAAACUUUCAAACUUCCACCCUGCAAGGUUUAUAGCAACAGAUCAGGUUUUCUCGCAGAUAUCAGAUGUAUCGUUUGUGUUUUUGUGCCCUCAGGUCCAGCUGUAUGUACGGCACAUGCUGUCUGAGAGGAAAAGCGUACUCCAUCGGCUUCCUGCGGUUCUGUAAGCAGGCCACGCUGCAGUUCUGUGUGGUCAAACCUCUCAUGGCGAUCAUCACCGUCAUCCUGCAGGCGUACGGCAAAUACAAGGAUGGAGACUUCAAGUAAGUUCUCCAAACAGACCUGGAUUAUCUGGUCUUCAACAACUCUCAAUCACAGAAAUCAAACAGUCUGUAAAUCAACAGCACUAACGUCGUUCUCUCUGACUUCUUCUCUCUCUUCAGUGUUGCCAGCGGUUACCUGUACAUCACCAUCAUCUACAACAUUUCUGUCAGCUUGUCCCUGUACGCACUCUUCCUCUUCUACUUCUCCACCAGGGAGCUGCUCAGCCCUUACAGCCCCAUGCUCAAGUUCUUCAUGGUCAAAUCAGUCAUCUUCCUCUCCUUCUGGCAGGGUAGGGCCGCUGCACCAAAUGUCACUUUAUUAAUAGAUGAUUAAAAAACGGUUUCAUCUUUUCUCACCGGUAGUUCAUCUUUUAUUUUUCAGGCAUGUUGUUAGCCAUCUUGGAGAAAUGUGGGGCCAUUCCUCAGAUUAACUCGGUGGAGGUGUCCGUCGGCGAGGGCACGGUUGCCGCUGGUUACCAGAACUUCAUCAUUUGCAUUGAGAUGUUUUUCGCAGCACUCGCUCUGCGCCACGCUUUCACAUACAGAGUCUACAUGGACAAGAGUCUAGACUUACAAGGUGAGAGAGAGAGAAGAGGGUGUUCAGAGUCAGUGUUUAUAUUUGCAGUGUGAUCUUAACUAAAACAGAAAAUACCUUUAUGUUUUACAAUCCUAAAUCAACCAUUUCUCCUUCAUUGUCAUUCUCUUUUUGACAAAAACUCUCCCCUGUCUUUAUCACUCCUGCUCACUUCUUUGUUUUCUUUGUCUUAUUUUAAACUUUUAACUUGUUAUCUCGAAUACCUUCUCUCUGUUUUUGGUAUUUCUGCAUGAUUUCUUCCUUUACUCUUUCUUCACAUCCACCUUUCUCUGCUCUCUUUUCCUCUCUGCUGCGUUAUAAAGGACCUCUUCCUACAUAUGGAGAGUUUGGUAGGUGACACACUGAUGUUGUUCCUCCAUUCCUGUCUUUCAUACUGCCAUAGUUUUUUUUAGUGAGUUUUGUCCUAUUCUUUCUUAAAUUGAAGGUUUUUUGAAUGGUAUUUGGUGGCUGUCUUCUGUCUUAUUAUCUGUUUUUCAUUUAGUUUGUAUCUCCUAGCUCCUGUUUUUAAAUCUUCUCCGUCCUGUCUUUAUUUGCACUUUUUUUCCCUUCCUGUUUUGCAUCACUGCAAACCCUUUUUCCUUUUCAUUCCCUCUCUCUAAAUCACAUAUGCUGUCUCUGUAUAAUUUAUCCCUUUUCCCCUCCUUUCUCUUUCAUUCGUUCCCCUUUUUUUGUCUCACUGUGUAACACCCUCUAAAUCACCGAUGUCCUGUUCUUCCACUCCCCAUAACUUUUGUCCUGUCCUUUUCUUCCCCAACUUUCUCUCCCUCAGCUAAAUCACUUUUCUCUCCCAUUUUCCUCGAAGUCUUUUCUCCUCUAACUUCCUUUCUCUUUCUCUUUUAUUUUUUUUCUCUAAAUUAUUUUAUUUCUCUACCCUCAACCGUCCUCUGAAUUACCAUAAAUCCACCCGUCCUCCUUUAAUUUAUUCUUUCACCCCUUUCUCCCCCCUCUAGUCUUCCUUCAUUGUAUUUCCUGUCCCCAAUACUCUUCCCUUUUUAAUUCUGAUUCUGUUAAACCCCGCUAACUCGUUCAUUCCUCCUCCUGACGACUGAUUCGCUCAUUGUUCUGCCUCCCUCAGGCCGCCGUGCCCCCAUGAAGAGCAUCUCCAGCAGCCUGAAGGAGACCAUGAGCCCAGGCGACAUGGUCCAGGACGCGAUCCACAACUUUUCCCCGGCCUACCAGCAGUACACCCAGCAGUCCACGCUGGAGCAGGGGGCGCCGCCACAAGCCUCUCGCACCCACAGUGCUGUUGGCAGCCGCGGGGACACAGAGAAGACUUUCCUUCUUAGCUCUGACGAUGAGUUUUAGAGCAUCAAGUGAAGCAGACUGCUGUAGAAGCAAACAGCAGCACCUAUUCAAUGACUGGAGAGUUUCCAGUUUGUUUUUCUUCUUUUUUUUGAGACUGACCUCUCAGGACCUUCCUACAGAGACGUUUCUGCAAGCAUCAUAUUUGGUGUAGAGGUGGUUAAGUGGUUUAAUGUUGAAACUGUUGGCCGGAGAGAAAAAACAAAACAAAUAACUUGUGUCCGUUUUUGGAAAGAGCGUGAGUCACACUGAAUCAUGCUCGGCUUUUACUGAGAAAUAUGUCAAAUUUCAUUUUUCAGUUCAGUCACGUUUCCUCCUGCUGUGAUGUGUUUCUCAUUGGCGAUGUGAUGUCUGGUGGAUGUUUUCGGUUCUAGAUCUGGAUUUGUUUAAUUUCAAAAGACCCCUUUUGUUCUCAGAGGUCCUCUGGUUGUAUUUUAUUGAGGUUUUCUCUAGUCAUGCUUGAAUAGCUGCAUUUAAAUCUUCACUUUGUUCACUUUUGAAAUUAAAACUAUUAAGAGGCAUUAAUUCCAAACAGACAUUGAGUCACAGAGGGAAAUAGUCAUGGUAAAGUUUAGCAACAUGGAAAAAUAUGCAUUCAUCUGUGGGGAUUAUUAAGGGACAUCCUCUGCAGAGUGGGGGUGGAUUUAAAGGGAAUCCAAAUCCAAAAACAGGAGUUCAUUUCAGCGCCAUGGAUCGAUGUUAUUGAUAUUAAUGGAACAGAUGGAAGCGACACAGAGCAGAUUAUAGAUUAUAAAGUACAUCUGCUGCAGCGCUCCUGUCUGCAGCAGCAGCAGAUGAACUGCUCAGGAUUAUUCUGGUUUCAUUGGGGCAUUAUUUGAAUGUUUAGGAUUACAGCUUGAGCUAGUUCUCUCUAGCAGUAGACCUCUACUGGCAACAAUGUAGGUUAACUGGAUUGAGGGGAGAGAACAGAAGAGGAAUAUAGGUUAAAGCUAACUUUAGCUGCAUGUACUCAGAAGGGGAGUUUAGACCUGUCCUUUGUAAGGAUACCUGCAUCACUCAAAAUGUUGCAGUUAAACUUAAAAUUUGUCAAUUUUUGAAGACAGUAAAUAUCCCAAAAUCUUAUAUCCUUAACUACACAGAAGAAUAACUACAAACGCCUGCUUUUUGAGGUUUUAACAGUUUUUACAGACAUCUUCAGUUUAACUUUAGUUCACAAACUAAAUAUAAGCAGAAAAACUUGGGAAACUUCACUCAGAAUUACAGGGUAUUUCUCUUCUCAGCUAAAAAUAACCCGUAUCGUGCAAACAUGUCGGAGUUCUUUGACUCCUCUGUUCUUCCUGGCAGUCUUUUUUUUCAUGGAUUCAUCUUCACCGCAGACAGAGCUGCUUAUUAUUCUUUUUUUUUUUUUCACUCAUAAUUGAAGUUCUUGAGUCAUCUGAAUGAGUCAUACUGAGUCUGCCAACGUGUUUACUGUAACUACUUUCACUCCUCUGCUGCAGCUCUGUGUGAACACCAGGGGGUGCUGUGGGGGAGGACAGACAUUCUUAUCUCAGUUAAAGCUUGGGGCACAUGAAACGUGGUCUGGACAGACUGUCAUCGGUAAACAAGUCUCCAACAGGUGCUCAAGUGUCAUUUUUAUGUCCGUGUCUACCUGUAAAAAUGUUGUUAAACAGCAGGGAGGCCAUGCCUGUGCUCAGGAGCAGGGGGGGCUAUUUUUAGACACCUCUGAGUGUUGUCAGGAUAAUUAGGUUUUUACACUCUGACAUGGAUACAAACAGGAUUAUUUUUACCCUGACUGAGCUUCAUCCAGCAGCACUGACCCUGUGCUCCUUUUAAAGUCAAAGCAUCAGCCAUGUAUCCUGUGCUGCGGUCAUGAAUGAACAACUUGUGUACUGGAUGACAGUGGUGGUAUUUAAAGGCUGAAUAUGUUUGCUUUGUCAAAUUUGGACAUGUGAUUAUACUACUAAUUAAAAAAAUCUGAAUUUUCUCAUCAGAGUGGGAAUGGUGACACACAAACAGAUGCAAGUUUUAGAUUGAACGUCAAACCUUUAAUGCAGCUCUUUUCAUGUGAUACCCUCAUGAUUGCAAACCUCUGCACUUUGGCUGCUGUCACUUACUUUCAGCAUAAACACACACUACUGUCUCCUCUUUUUGAUUCAUCGCCAUGUGUCGUUUUGACCAGAUGUGUGUGAAUAAAGCUUGGGGAAAACUGUAGACUAAUAAUGUAACAGCAGCUUGAAAAAUGCUGUCUAAAGGAGGAAUAGCCGAGACAUUUCUUGAAAUAGUUCUAUAAGCUGUAAAGGUGGAGCAUAGGAGAAGAAAAAAAGUCAUAGUUUUGUAUUUUUAAUCCAUAAAGAUCUUUUUUUAUUUCAAUGACAUUUUUUUAUUAGUUAUUUGUAUAAAGCUGUUUAUGAUGCAAAUAUUUGAUGUCAAAUGGAUCUGAGAAAUAAAGAGAUUUAGCUGUAUUUGCUCC